AUGAGUACAUUCACCAAACGCAAGCCUGAAGGGCCUGUCAGUGCCAGCGCCGCUAAAAGGAUAGCUACCGCUCAUCGAAACCACUCUUUGUCUAGUACAUCUUCGAAAGAGAACCAUACUUUACGACGCACUGGACCAUGCUCAAGUGCCCUGCCUGCUUCACAAGUUGUUAGUCGAAUGGCAUUAGACAAUGAGGCUCUAAAAAAGGCAAUAGAGGAUCUCAAAACGCGAAUGCAGGACUGGGAGCAGCAGGAUCAAGACUUAAAGGAGCGUGAAAUAGCUCUUAAAGAGCGCGAGUUGUCUUUGUAUCAACGUGAGGUAUCGUUGUGGGAAUCUGAAGCAGACCUUGCAAGGAGAGAAAGGCAGGAUGCAGAUGCCUUGUAUGAAAGAUGGAAGCGCACACGAGACUACCACAUCACUGCAAUUGAGAGUGAGAAGAGGAUGCGGGCAGAGAUAAAGGAUGAGCAAAAGAGGCUGGAGGAGUAUGAGAAAGAGGUGGUCAGGAGGGAGAAGAAUGCAAAGAAACUGGAGGAGUUCAACGACCUUAACUCACUGGAAGCUCAUCACAAACUCGCAUCAUUGCAGCAGCAACUGGAUAAGGCAGAAAAAGCUAAUGCCGACCUCUUGGCAUUCUGUGAAACUGUGGGGCGCAUGCUUUCAACAGUGCCUGCUCGUGAGCCCGGACAGAUGCUGCGAGCUGCGGAAAAACUGGUAGAAUGA